UCGAAACGCUUUUCGGUUUUCCGGUGUUUUAGCAAGGCGGCCCAGUGCAUCAUUUUGCAAUCCUCGCCCAGUGCACGAUGUCGAUGACCAUUGUCGUGCCACCGCCCUCGAGCCUUCCCGACGACGUGCGCGGGUCGCCUUUUGCGAUCGCGUCGCUCCUGAACCCUGUGCACAUCAAGUCGGAGCCCCUCGCGAUGCGCGCGCUCACGUUUGCCAAGGACCUCACGGGCGCCUACGGUCUUUUGGAUCUGCGCCGCGACACGCAGUGCUUCCUCUCGACGUGCAGUCGCGAGGCUACGAUCGGCGGCCUUUGCCGCGACCAUACAUGCGCAGUGAGCGGCUGCCGCAACAUUAGCGUGCUCGACGGCAUGUGCCGCUUCCAUAGCGUCGGCGAAGAAUGCGCGUCGCUGACGACGCCGCGCAUGAAGCUCGAGACCAAGAGCCAGGCGACGAGCCCCGUGGGCAAGCCGCUCCCGAGCGUCAUCAUGAUGCAACCCAUGGCAUCCAAGGUCUAUGUGCGCUCCCGCUACUGCAAGGUGGCCGACUGCCACAAGCUGCGUCACAAGAACGGUCUCUGCGUCGCCCAUGGCGGCGGCUGGUACUGCAAGGUCGAUGGCUGCACCAAGCACAGCAAGGCGAAGGGCCUCUGCUCGGCGCACGGCGGCAUUCACUACUGCCGCGUCGAAGGUUGCACCAAGUACCGCAAGAAGAAGGGCCUUUGCAUCGCCCACGGCCGCGACGUGUUUGGUCGCAGCGACAGCAUUGGCUCGUCGUCGGACUAGAGGCGGUCCGAUAUGGCCGUUUUUGUCUCGGCGCCGCGCUGUUAUUUUAUUCGUGCCCUGUACUAUUUAUUGUCGGUUUUGCUUCCUAUUUUAACGCUUUUUGAAAUUCAAUUUUGUUCUUAACGGUA